CUUGCUUCUUCCCUUGUUGAAGCAGCCUGCGUGAGUUUAGUAUCCCAGAGAGCAGAGCUCCCUUUCUUCCUCCUUUGUGUGAGAAUAGAUAGGUCCUUAGUGGAGAGUAAUACUUGGGUGUGCUAUAGCUUCCUCUUAGUGUGGUGUGUGAGAGUGUGUGUUGUAAGACCUGAGCCGGAGACGGAAUCCGAUCCUUACAGACGCCAGAAGGGAGAUGCGAGGAUCGAUGUAGCAGCGCAGCUUGAAGAGUAUUGACACGAAAAGGGGUAACUCGUCUUUGUCUUCGAAUCGGAGCUGUGAAUCCUUAGAACCGGCCCAAAUGGAGUCUAAGAAUAUAAAGCGCCAGGAGAUGAAAUGUGCAAUAAGUCUGGGUAGAAUUGUGGAUUUAAAUAAGGAUUUGGAGCCUACCAAGAAAGAGUUAUUAAGUUCUUCAAUUUUCAAGAACUUGAUAACUCUCACGCAAAAGCGAGAGUCUAGUGGGACGCUUGUGCGGGAACUAUGUGAGGCUUUUAACGGUACAUGUUUUGUUUUUAAUUCAUCUACCACAAUGCAAUUCUGCAGCUAUGAAGUAGCAAAGGUCCUCGGUGUCGAAAAUACUGGGACUCUGAUUGAUAGCUCUGAUGUCGUGUCGAUCUCUUCAUAUCCUACCUAUCUCUCCCCUCUCAUGAAAAAAAAGCAUGUGAUGGCUUCUGACCUGAAGCAGCUGAUUAUCAACAUGGAAGUUAAAAAUAAGCAAGAUGAGUUGAUUUUUCAAAAAUUGUACACCCUUUAUAUAAUCGACCAGUUCCUCCUUCCUAGUACAAACUACAAAAUGAUUCAAUCAAAAUUUUUUCACCUAGCUGAUGAUUUGGAGAAAGUUAAUUCUGUCAAUUGGUCUCAAGUAGUGCUUAAUCAUCUGUGUAAGGCUUUGACAGACUCCAAACUCUCUUUGAGUGAGAGUGGUAUUCAGCAGCGUGUCUUUAAUGGUUGUUCCCCGAUUCUGGACAUAGUUGUUUUUGAGAGGUGUCCAUCCAUUUGUCCUGAUGCACAGACACAAUACAGUCUUCUUCUUGAGAAGUACUGUACUAAAAGGGUGGAUCUUUGGCAUCUGAAACAUUUGACUCCUGAUAUGGUGUUACCUUGUCUCACAUGUCAACCUCCACCUCUUUUGUUGCCGACCCCUGUGGAGAAUGUCAUGAGCUCAUUAAACUCGUCAGAAGGGGGUGAUGGAGAGGAUUUGUCUCGAUCUUUGGUCUCCACUUUUGAUAGCAUGGCCAUCAAUCAACAAGAAGAGUUGCGGCGGUCAAACAGGCCAAGGAAAUUAUCUCAGAAGGCAAAGGAGGCAGUGAAGCAGGAGGGUGGGAGCAGGGGCAGGGGAAAUUAGAUCUAUUUCCAUGGGUUUGCUUUCGGUUCUUAUUAUGCAUACAUCUUUGGUUGCAGGGUGGGCACUGGUCGGUUGCACUUGGUUCCAUGGCUAUGUAUCCAAUUAGCUUUGGUUACUUGGAAUAUUUCGAAAAACUUCAGGGCCAAAUAAUUUGUGUUUCAUUGAAGUUAUGGUGUGAAUUUAUAUUGUGUUCAGUAACAUUUCUUGCUUGUGGCUGCUCAGUUGCCUAUGAACCAGAGGAAAAUGCAAAUUGCUCACACAUUGAUGAAAUACAUGAUUACCUGAAUCAAUGGGGUUGGGCACUUGAGUUUAGUUCACAUGUGAUGUGAUGAAAUUUUAACUAUAUUGUGUGUAUGUGUGAUUCUACAAAAUAAUAUUAGUAGAAUCAUGAUCCAAUUUGUUUUGGUGGGAGCAGGGGCAGCAGAGG